GAUGUGCGCUUUCUCCGACAGGCUCAAGUUUACGUUUAAAAUAUCUCCUCCGAGUCAUUAUGUCUCAUAUAGCAGCUACAGAAAGUGAUUUGCGCAUUUAUAACUAUCUUCCUUUACGCGUGCGGGAGGAAAUACAGUCGUUUAUCUUAUUUGUCAAACUAUCAGUUACCCGGAGCUGUCAAUGCCGUUUCCUAGUAAAGGCAGUUCUGCGAAUUUUGCGCGUAUUCUCUUAAAGGCAGCCUUUGUUUUUAUUCCCCAUACACGUGCGCAAUGAGCCAUUCACACAGAAGACGGAUGUUUGUAAUGUUAAUGAAGCUUAGGAAGAUUGUCAUUUCGUUCUUAUAUCCAAUUAAAAACAAGAUGGGGAAAAUUAUUAGCAGCCGACCUUUGGAUUAUUCUUACACGAAACUGCCAUUACAUUUAUCACUUUACGAGAGUAUUUUAAAUAACCAAUUAGAAAUGAGCUACAGGGGUGAAAUGACUAUCAUAUGUGAGCACCACCCUCCUGAGGUGACAGUAGAAGCUGUAAGACUGUAAAAAAAUAGUAGGGACUUACAAAACAAAAGCAAUUUUCAAGAACGGCGCACGCAGACAAAAUCCACGGACGCUGUGGAGGACUUCUCACAUGUUUUGGUUGAUUGUAAGAGUCAGUCGUCUUUGAAGGAUAAUUAUAGACAUUGACUGGAUGCAGAACGCCGUUCUCCAAUGACCUGUCACUCAUCCGACUCCACGGAAAGCAUCGAGAAUGAAAGGAGAUCGCAAACAGAAACCCAAGUCGCGGAGACCGAGCAGAGUCGCAUUGCCACUGCCAUGAGAGACCUUAAAAACACUGCAGGCUGGUACUGGGGCAGCCUGACAGCCAAUGAAGCAAAGGAGAUCCUGCAGGACACAUCGGAGGGGACGUUUCUGGUCCGAGACAGCUCUCAGAGGGACUACCUCUUCACCAUCUCCGCCAUGACAUCUGCGGGACCCACCAACCUGCGCAUCGAAUACAAGGACGGCAAGUUCAAACUAGACUCCGUGGUGCUGGUCAAACCCAAACUCAAGCAGUUCGACAGCGUCGUCCACCUCGUGGAGCACUAUGUGCAGCUGUCCCGGACGUCUUGUAAAGGCAGGACUACCCCUCUCGCCCCAUCCAAUGGCACCGUGCAGCUGCUGCUCAUGACUCCGGUGUACACGGCCACACCGUCUCUGCAGCAUCUGUGCCGUAUUGCCAUCAAUAAAACCACACGGCGGGUACAAGAACUCCCUUUGCCAAACCGGCUAAAGGAUUACCUGACAGACUACAGUUAUAAUGUAUAGAACCAGAUGGACAAUGAUGACCAUAAGUGCUGAGGUUCUAUGGAUCAUAGACCCAGUGAUAAAUGGGUGCUUAUGUCCCGUUUAGGAUCAUUUGCCUGGGAUCCCUCAUCUUGUGCCCAAGGAAUACUUUUAACGGAUAGUUCAUCCAAAAAUGAAAAAUCUGUCAUUAAUUACUCACUCUCAUGACGUUAAAAACGUCUGUGGAACGCAAGAGAAGAUUCCGGUUUGUCCAUGUAAUAAAAAGUCAAUGGGGUCCAAAAGAGCCUUGUUCUUCAUUGACUUUCAAUUUACCAAAACAUAUUCCAUUUUCCACAGAAGUACUAAAGUCAGGUUUGGAACGACAUGAGGGUGAGCAAAUAAUGACCGAAUUUUAAUUUCUGGCUGAACUGCCCCAUUAAUACACAGAAUAUCAUAACAGUGUUAAGUGUCCUUCACUGCGCACUUAACAAGUUUAUGGCCUGUAGAUAUUCUACAGUCAAUUUUUAAUGAGCGAGUGAGUAGUAUCUGUGAGGAGCAUUGGCUUACACUGACAUCUGUGGGUUUCUACCUGUAAUACGCACUUCAGAUACACAGGACGCCUCACGGUGUGACCAUGCGUCUCUUUUAAAGGAAGAGUUCAGCCAAAAAUGAAUAUAUUGUUCCAAACUCUUGCAUUUUCUUUAUUCUGUAGAACAUAAAAAAAGAUAUUUUGUAGAAUGCUACAGCUGUUUUUGUCAGUAUAUAUAUUAGAGUCAAGAGUCAAUGGAAAACUAUCAAGCGCCAAAAAGUACAUGAAAGUUAAAAAUGAAAUGUUCUAAAAGGAGUUUUUGCAUUUAUUCCAUAAAGGAAUUUUGGGUUCCCCAAAGAACCUUAGGCCCUGUUUACACUAGUGUGUUUUUGUUUUAAAACAGCAUUUUAAAAUGAAAAUUAUCUACACUGGUGUUUUCAUUGCGUUUUAGAAACGAUCUCCAAUGACGUUCAUGCAGGUACAACCAUAGAUAUGUAUAGGUAUAUUCCCUAAUAUUUAGAUAGCGGAUACGUCCACAUGCUUGGAGUGGUCGAAUGAGACAUCUAUCUACAAAUAUCUAUGGGUACAACAAUUAACAUGAUUUUAUUGUUUACACAGUUGUCAAGGAUAAGCAGAGCGAAUGUGGACAUCCACACCUUCGUUUUCCAAAGUCUCGGUUUUUGUCCAUUUACGCCGAAACGCAUCCCUGGAGUUUUCAAACUAAAAUGGGGUCUGCAGCGUUUUUAAAAGGCUCUGUUUAUGAGGGUCGAAAACGCAGGAGUAGUGUAAACGGCAGGUGUAACCGUAGCAAAAGUGAUGCGUUUUAAAACGAAAACGCACUAGUGUAAACGUAGCCUUACAGUGAAAAAUUUUUUUUCUUCUUAGGCCCAGUUUACACUAGGACAUUUUCGUUUUAAAAUGAAAACCUCAUCUAAACUGGCGUUUUUACUGCAUUUCAGAAACUAUCUCUGUCUAUGCUAUACAACCGAAAACGCAUGUCACAUGACCAUUCAUGCAGCAUUUUCAAAAGUUUAAAAAAACGCAGGAGUAGUGCAAACGACAGGCCUAAACUGCAGAUGCAUUUUAAAACGAAAAUGCACUAGUGUAAACGUAGCCUUUCAGUGAAGAGCAUUUUAGUAAUCUAAAGAAUUUUUGUGCAGUUGAAAAGGUUCCUUGGAUGUUAGAAGUUCUUAAAGGUCCUUUAUUUUUGGGCAUGAAAUAAAUCCAUACGGCUCAUCUGGCAUAUUCAAAAUCUUCUGAAAUUUAAGGGUUAUUUACUUUCCGAUCAUUGAUCAAAGCACACAAAUGCAGACCACAUUAACUAUGGCAGCACAAACAUCCACUGACGUCAAACCUCAUUGGGAUGUUAAUUGACAUUCGAGGUAUUUUCUUUUAUGUUCCACCGAAGAAAACAAACCAUAUGAGUUUGGAACAACAUGAGGGUAACAUAAUGACAGAAUUUUCAUUUUUGGGUGAACUGGCCUUUUAUUGGUAGCAGCAGGUGUCUGAGAUGUUCUGCAUCCUGUGUUUGAGACAUGGGAGUUUUGAAACUGUAUGCUUUUUGACUAUGUUUUAUUUGCUCAUUAUCCAUGUUAUAUUUUUGUACUGUAGUCAUAGAUGAUCAUUUGAUGUCAUGGUUGCCCAAGGAACUGCUGGGAACUGGCAAGUACCUUGUGAUAUGAUAUACUGUAAAUCCCAAUAAGUGUCAUUGUGAUAAUGUAAUACCUACUGAAAAAAUUACAUUGAAAAUAUCGCUUUUUAAAAACAGCCAUUUUUAAACAAUUGAUUAAACACGCACUGCCAUUCGAAAGUUUGGGGUUAGAUUUGUUAAUACUUUUACUUAGCAAAAAGAAAUUAAAUUGAUCAAAGGUUACCCUAAUAUAUUAUUAAACAUUACUUUUUUGCUGUAUUUUUGAUUUUUGAAUGCAGCCUUCUUUCAUUUAUACUUUUAAAUGGCAGUGUAUAUGAAAAACCUUUUCAUUUAAAACCUCAAACUUGCUUAAACAAGUCUUCGCCAUUCCCCAGACUUUAAGGGUGCGUACUUUCGCAAAUAAAAUAUACCACCGGCUUAGUAUUUUAUUGCACAUUCUGAACCAAGAGGUAAUUUAGCAGCAUGGUUUGUUUCAGCUUUUGUUGCAUACGGUCAACAAGGAUUGGCCUGUGUUAACCCUACCUCAGGAGGGCGUCGUGGUAAACCUGCAUGCUGAUUGGUCGUAUUCGGAGAAUAUUUGAUUCUAUACUGAAUCGUAAUUUUUAACACAGACCAAAAAAAAAAGGACGUACUAGGUCAGAAGCUUUUUAUUCUCUCCUCGUUGCUAUUCGUGGAAAGAUUAUAAGAAAAAUUGGAUUUUCCUGUGAAGUUCCUCACUAAUCUGACCUCCUUUCUAUUUUGGUUUAAUGAAACGUACAUAAUUUUAUCCUUUAAGAAUGGGCGCUCAGUGUAUUCUAUUCACCACUGUGCUUGGGUGCUAAAUUCCUGCAUUUUCUCUCUACGCUUAGUUUUUCAGUUAAAGCAUUCGAAUAGUAUUAUCUCAAAAGCAUUGCAUUGAAAAUGAUUACAGAUUGGUGGCUUGAUGCCAUUAUGUUUAAAUUAAGAAGUUCCCUAUUUAAUAUUUCAUUUGGGACGCUGAUCUCAGAUCAGCAUAAUAAAAAGUAAUUCCGCCAACAUCUCUCACAUCCAGUAUACUAUUGUCAAUUUUAUUCGUCGUCUUCCUUGAGGACAUGGUAUAUCUAGGGUAGUAAGUCUGAUAUGAUCUUUUUGCCACUACAAGAUUCCACUAAUGUCAUUUUACAACAUUGUGCUGCAUCAGGGGUGAAUGGAUUGUCUCCCAAAAAGUGAGAAAUAAAAGCAAGCGUAGCUUUAA